AUGGUAUACGUAAAUGAUAAUUCUGGUCGUCUUGGUAAUCGAAUGUUUGUGGCCGCUAGUGCUUAUGGUCUUGCUCGUCUUCAUUCUUGUCAUUUGUAUUUAUCACCAGAUAUAACCAAAAAUAUGAAUGAGAUAUUCAUUCUUGAUCUUUCUCCUUUUCUUAUUUCAACAACUAUGUUCAACUCAAUCAUUCACAAUACUUCAGAUUCAAUCACUAAAAUAACUAAGAGCGUUGGUUGUCAUUAUGUUCGUGAAUUAACACGUCCAAAUGCAAUUUCACCAGGACAUAUAUUCGAAUUAACAGGUUAUUGGCAAUCAUAUCUACAUUUUGCUAAAUAUAGUGAAGAUAUUCGAGAACGUAUAUUUGCCGCAAGACAACAUAUACUUGAGAAAGUCUCGAGAAAAUCAUCAAUUAUUUAA